AUGGGACAUCUUUCAAAAUCUCUUUCCGAAUGUCUUCGGGGAAUCGCUGGGGCAAUUACUUCAUUCUCAUCGUCAAUCUUGGAUCAUGUCACGCUGAAACUACUACGUGGAGAUGAUGAUUCUGACAACGGGAAUGAUGAUUUGGAUUCUCUCGACAUAGAUCCAUUCGAAGCUGUAUUGGAGAGAGUGAAAGUGAAGCACAUCGGUAAAUACGUGGCAGGGAUUCGAGUGAAAACUCAAUCGAGCAACAAGAAGAAAAUCCCUGUUGUCGAGGUCGGGUCUCCUUCUUGCAAUGGGGAGCACAUGUGCUAUAGGGUGAAGUUUGCCGACGGGGUUAGCUGGCUCCUCAAGGUCCCAGCCAUUGGAACCCCCGAUCAAUUUGGCGAAGGUGAUGCUGAGAACCUUCGCUCAGAAUUCUUGACAAUGAGGAUGCUACGGCGUGAGACAACUAUCCCAAUCCCCGAAGUGUUUUCAUACGACAAUACAUGCAAAAACAAGCUCAAAGUUCCCUUCAUUCUCAUGGAGUUCAUCGACGGUCGGCCUUUGGAUGAGGUUUGGCAUGAUAGGGAAUCUCCAAAAGAAGUUGUGCAGGCUCGACGCACGCGCUGUCUGCAGGAUAUUGCUGCUGCGUAUGUACAGCUUGGAAAAUACACAUUCAAGAAAAGUGGCCCUUUGAGAUUUGACGACAAAGAUUGCCCUAUAGGUGUUGUACCCGUAAACAGGGAUCCAUUCUCGGGCCUCAGAGAGGGUUACACUUCUAGUCUGGACCGGUGGGGCGAACAGGAUAGUGAGUAUAAAAGGGGAGCUGUAAAGCUUCUUCGAAUGUUUAUCGACUGGACUCCCAAGCCAAGUGGCGAAGAAUCAUUUGUUCUAAGCCAUCCAAACCCCAACAUCUUCAACUUCCUUGUUGCAGAGGACGGUUCUGUGCGGGGAAUCCUUGAUUGGCACCGCACGUUUGCUGAUUCGCCAAGCGUAGGGAAUGAGACAUACCCACUAUGGCUGAUGCGCGACUGGGCUCCGGGCUUAUAUAUAUGGAGCGAAGAGAUGGAGCAGGGAAUCCAUGACGAGAGAUACGUUUGGGAAGACUCACCGGACACACGGAAGUUCUAUCGAAAUGUCUACGCGCAAUGUAUCGCAAAUCUGCUACCUGAAAGCGAAAACGCAAAAGUGACCCGUAAUUCCAUUCUCUUCCGACACUUGGAGAUGGCAGUGGGGGACUCAAUUUUUGGCUUCGGUUUCGCCGAUCAGAUCCUUCGUGAAGUUGUGAAGCGCAUGAAGAACGUGGAUGACACUUGCCAAUCUGCUUCAUGCAACACACCCAAGAACAACGAAAAUGACAAUGAUAGCCAAGAUGAUAGUACUACCAAAGAGAAGGAUGCGACAUGCAAUCAAAAUUCACCGAACGAGUCCGAAGUCAAACCGGAACAUGGUGGUAUCGAAGCAGACAAUGGCGGAGAAGACGAAGACGACUUUUUUGAUGUUGAUGAGUUUCUCGAGAAUUUGGACAGAAAUGGUCUCUGUGAGCACCGACAAAGGCUGUUCAAGGCUGGAUUCGAGGCUUUAUUUACUAGGUAA